UUGGCUUGGUUUGACAAGUUUCCCUGGAUGAUCAUGGCGGUAGGAGUGAGUAGUUAGUUGACACAUCAGUAGAAAGUUGCAGAUCCCUCUGUGUGUGUUUCAGGUACACCUUUUGGCACCUGGCGCUUUGGCAAAUGUAGGGACGUGAUAAGUGUCCGAUUUUUUCCCCUCUGAGCGAUUCGACAGCCAAAGUCUACAGUGGAAAGACAGAGACAAGAGUAAAGAUGAACAGCCUGUCCUUUGACGACCCUUCGUUGGAUAACCUGGAUCCAACACUGUCGCUGAAUGACCCCAGCGAUAUUGACACAGCCCUCUUAAGCGAUAUAGAUGAUAUGCUACAGCUCAUCAACAACCAGGACAUGGAGUUUGGAGGACUCUUUGACAACCCUCCAUACACAGGGCCCCCACCCACUCAAGAGCUUCCUGGUUUGACCCAGUCCAUCGCCUCAGCUGCCCCUCCAACCACCACUACCACACCUCCAUCUUCAUCUUCCAUCUUGAGCAGUAGCCCCCACCUGGAUGCACUCCUGGGCCCUCCCAUCACCCGGAGUUCCUCCACCCCAGACAAGGCUUUCCAGCCUCCCACUUUCCAGCAGUCCCCCCUGGCCCAGGUACCCAACUCCGGUCCACGGCAGCAGCCAGCCUCCCCGCAGCAGGCUCAGACCCUCAGACAGCCCCAGGUGGAACAACCCCAACCCAUUCUCAGCCAGUCUCCCCCGGCUCAGGCCGCUUCACCUCACGGCUCCACGUCCCAGGCUCUCUUCACAUCACCCGCACCGCAAACUACACUUAAGCCCCAGACACAGACACAGCUUCAGGGCCAGGCUCAGUCCCAACAAGCCCGGACCAACUACAGCAGCCAGAAUAGCUACACAGCUGGCAGCCCUGGCAGCGUGAGCCAGCCCGCCACCAGUUUGUCAUCCUCACCUCCAAGUGUUCAGCCAGUGGCCAUCCAGACUCAGCUCCAAGGGCUGACCACCACCUCUUCUCUGCUGGCCACGUCAGCGAGCCCACCGGCUCAAACCAUCGCACCCCACGUACAGCAAGUACCUGUGUUGCUACAGCCCCAGUUCAUCAAGGCUGAGUCUCUGCUGCUGACCACUCUGAAGCAUGACCCCUGCAUGGUCACUACUGUGGCAUCACCCACAUCCCUGGCCACCACCACCCCAGUACAGAGCACCUCACUGCAGGCUUUUAUGGGCGGUGGCACCAUCCUGACCACGGUGCCAGUCAUGGUGGACGCUGAGAAGCUGCCGAUUAACCGCAUCGCCAUCAGCGGUAAGCCGGCCGGCCAGCCUCACAAGGGGGAGAAGCGCACUGCCCACAACGCCAUCGAGAAGCGCUACCGCUCCUCCAUCAACGACAAAAUCGUGGAGCUCAAAGACCUGGUGGCUGGUACUGAGGCCAAGCUCAACAAGUCUGCAGUGCUGAGAAAAGCCAUUGACUACAUCCGUUACCUGCAGCAGGCCAACCAGAAACUCAAACAGGAGAACAUGGCUCUUAAAAUGGCAGCCCAAAAAAACAAGUCUCUCAAGGACCUGGUUGCUAUGGAGGUAGAUGGACAAUCUGAUGUGAAGAGUGAGCUGCCCACACCCCCAGCUUCUGACGUGGGCUCCCCGACUUCUUUCUCACACUGUGGCAGUGACUCAGAGCCUGACAGUCCGAUGGGGGAAGACACCAAGCCAAAUGUGGGCGUGUUGGACAGGUCGACAGCAGGCGGCAGUGCUGGCGGCAUGUUAGACCGUUCCCGCAUGGCGCUGUGUGCCUUCACCUUCCUGUUCCUCUCCCUCAACCCUCUGGCCACUCUGCUGUGUUCAUCCAGCAGCAGCUCAGCUGGGAGCGCUGCAGCCACCACUACCCAUCACGCAGGCAGGAGCGUCCUGGGUGUGGAUAUUGCAGCUGACUCCUGGGGCUGGAUGGACUGGAUGCUACCAACUAUACUUGUGUGGCUACUGAAUGGUAUCCUGGUGUCUGGAGUUCUGAUCCGUCUGCUGGUCUAUGGAGAACCUGUUACCAGACCACACUCUGGAUCCUCUGUUUUGUUCUGGAGGCACCGCAAGCAGGCUGACCUGGACCUAGCGAGAGGGGAUUUUGCCCAAGCCAGUCAGAACUUGUGGACCUGUCUAAAGGCUCUCGGCCGUCCCUUGCCCACAUCUCAGUUGGACCUGGGUUGUGCUGUAUUGUGGUCUCUGCUAAGAUUUUGCCUCCAGCGCCUCUGGGUGGGCCGCUGGCUGGCUGCCAGAGCUGGAGGGCUGCGAUCUGACCGCCCCCUGCAGGAGGAUGCCUGCAAAAGCAGCCGUGAUGCCGCCCUAGUUUACCACCGCUUGCACCAGCUUCACAUGACAGGUAAAUUGAAUGGUAGCCACCUCUCAGCAGUGCACAUGGCUUUAAGUGCAGUAAACCUGGCAGAGUGCUCUGGCUCCUGUCUGCCUGUGUCCACUCUGGCUGAGGUCUACGUCUCUGCAGCUCUACGGGUCAAAGCCAGCCUGCCAAGGAUCCUGCAUUUCACCUCUCGUGUGUUCCUGAGCAGUGCCCGGCAGGCGUGCCUGUCAUCCAGUGGCAGUGUGCCUCCAGCCAUGCAGUGGCUCUGUCACCCACUAGGCCACCGCUUCUUUGUGGAUGGAGAUUGGGCUAUUCGCAGCACUCCUAAAGAAAGCAUCUAUAGCCAGGCUGGCAAUACAGUGGAUCCUCUGGCCCAGGUGACUCAGGCAUUCAGAGAGCACCUCUUGGAGAAGGCUCUGUACUGUGUGGCCCAGCCUCAUGGAGAGAAAAGUCCCAGCCAGGGCGAGGGGGAGUAUGCUGAUGCCCUGGAGUACCUCCAGCUGUUGAUUAGCGCAUCAGAUGCUGCAGGUGCCACAUCUCAGUCCUUUGCGAUUGGCUCCAACAUGGCUACUGUGACUGGCUGCGACCCCCACUCCAAAUGGUGGUCCUCUGUUGCUGUGGUGAUCAUCAACUGGCUCCAAGGAGAUGAUGCUGCGGCAGAGAGACUGUAUCCGACUGUUGAGCACCUGCCUCGCAGCCUUCAGAACGCAGAGAGUCUUCUGCCCAAGGCGUGUCUGAACACAUUCAGGGCAGUGCGGGCUUUGCUGUCCAAGCCAGAAAACUGCCAGCUGAGUCUGAGCUACAGCGACAAGGCCAGCGCCCUGCUCAGAGACAGCCUCAACCUAGGACCACACUGCCACAGCUCCAGUUUAGACAAGGUCAUCCAGUUGCUCUUGUGUGAUCUGUUGUUGGUGAUGAGGACCAAUGUGUGGCGUCUGCAGCAGCAAGGGACCGGUCCCGCAGGGUCGGGGUCGGUGGGUAACAGCGGCCCCGCAGGGGUCCACCAGGCCUCCCCGCCGGAGCUCCAAGGCUUUCAGCAAGAUCUCAGCUCCCUACGCAAACUGGCACACAGCUUCAGACCUGCAAUGCGAAGAUUGUUCCUCCAUGAAGCUACAGCCAGGCUGAUGGCGGGGGCCAGUCCCACCCGCACACAUCAGCUCCUGGAUCGCUCGCUGCGACGCAGAGCAACGCCCGGAGCCAAAACAGAGGAGUGCGAGACGCGACCUGGCCAGCGGGAGCAGGCGGAGGCCGUGAUGCUGGCGUGCCGCUACCUUCCUCCCUCCUUUCUGUCGGCCCCUGGCCAAAGGGUGGGCAUGCUGGCAGACGCAGCCCGCACCCUGGAGAAGCUGGGAGACAAGAGGACCCUCCACGACUGCCAGCAAAUGAUCAUCAAGCUGGGCAGCGGCACCACCGUCACCAACAGCUAGAGAGCAGGGAGUUGGGGUGGCAGGGAGGGGGGUGGAAGGGGGCUGAGAGACAUGUAUGGACACUGUAUAUAGAAACAUCUCUGACAUACAAAAACACACGCAAGAAAGAUGCUCCCACAGACACACAACCAUGCAUUCUCUUGCAUUUUGGCGUGCAGCUAUUGAACAGAU